AAGUGAACCAGAAAAACUCAACUACAUGCUUAAAGCUUUACCCAGGGAGUACAGUUAUAUCGGUGACAUUAUUGACCUUGUACCCGAAACUGAGAGGACCGUAGAAUAUUUGAAAAGCAAAAUCAAAUUAAAAGCUAUUGAAAAUAAGAAUUCAUCGUCGUACGAGGACGAAAAUGCCAAGUCAAACGUAUUUACUGCUCAAUCUACAAAAACAGAAAAUAGAAGUUGUUACAAUUGCGGGCAAAUCGGUCAUCUACAAGGAGAUUGUAAGAAGGCAAACAACAACACUUCAAGAGGGAAUUCCAAUGUAACUCGAGGCAAAAGAGGUUCAUGGCGCGGUUAUAACCAAAGCAAUCGUGGGUAUUUCAACAGCUACAGAGGUAAAUUCCGAGGAAGAGGUCGUGGACAAAGAAAUUUGGGGAGAAACAACAACACGAGUGGCAACAACAAUGCUGGUAACUGCAGUAAUAUUUUCGUCGCAGGUGUAGUGAACGGAAUAUUACUUUCUUGCUUGACAGUGGAUGUUCCAAACAUAUAGUAAAUGAUGAUAAAUAUUUCUAUGGAUUUAAAAACUUGGAGAAAUCCGUAAUUGUAACCUUAGGCGAUGGAACUCCAAUGCAAGCAACGAAAGUAGGUAAAAUAAUGGCAAAUUUUGAUGUUUAUGAUCAAACAGAAACUAUUACCAUACAUGAUGUUUAUUAUGUUAAGGGUAUGCGUGCAAAUUUAUUAAGCUAUGGUAAGAUAAAUGAAAAUAAUAAGAUUAUUUCAUAGAAUGGUAUAUGUAAGAUAUUUUCCAAUUCAACGCGAAAACUAAUUGCAUUUAAAUAUUCUUUGCCGAAAAAAUUUAGUUGAUGGAUUACCAAAUAAAAUUGAUAAUGAUUAUGUGAAAUGCUGUAUUUGUAUAGAAAAUAAAAUGCACGCCUUACCGUUCAAAAAUUAUAGAGUGAAAGCUAAUGACAUAUUACAAAUUAUACAUACAGAUUUAAAUGGUCCACAUACAACUGUGGGAAAUUGUGGUGAAAAAUACUUUGUCACCUUUAUUGAUGAGUAUAGUAAGUUAACUAAAGUCUAUUGCAUAAAAUCAAAAGAUUAGGUUUUUAGUUGCUUAGUAGAAUAUGUAAACGAGGUAGAAAAUUUAAGUGGUAAAAAGAUUAAAAAGAUAAGGAUGGAUAAUGGAAAAAGUAUAUGAAUGAAAACAUUCGUAACUUUGUCAAACAAAAGGGCAUUCUGUUGGAUCCCUGUCCACCUUAUGUUCAUCAACUCAAUGGAACUGCAGAGCGUAUGAAUCGUACGCUUAUGGAUAUGGCAAGGUGUCUCUUGGCAGAAGCCAAUAUAAAUGUUAAAUUCUGGCCUGAAAUAAUUAAAGCUGCUGCUUAUAUUAAAAAUAGGACCCUAGCAAAUACUUCGGAGUUAAAGACUCCAUAUGAGAUAUUUUUUAAGAGAAAACCCGAUAUAAGGAAUUUACGCUUGUAUGGUAGUAGGGUUUUGUUAAAAUCCCUAAAGAAAAACUUAAAUCAAAGUGAGAUAAAAGAGCUGAACGUGGGGUGCUGCUGGGGUAUGAUAAUGUUGGAUACUGUGUAUUAGUAAAUAACAAGAUAAUAAUUGCAAGAGAUGUAGAUAUAGUUGAAAGCGAUACCAGAUACGUAGAUUUCAAAGACGCUUCUUCAGAAGAGUCCUUUGAAUAAACAGACGAAGAAACAGAAACAGAAAAUGACACAAGCCUAGAAUACCAAUCGCCGAAGCAAGAAAAAUCUCUUUCGCCUAAGUCCAGUACUCCAGUACAACAAGUUCGUAGAUCCACUCGACCAAGUACAAGUCAAUACAAGAAGUUUGUACCAAAUGUGAAAAUUGACAAUAAUUAUGUUUGUGAAGAUAUAUAUGCAAACUACUGCAGCUGUGUAACUCCGGAAUCAGUUGAAGACGCGCUAGCAAGUCCCGAAGCAAGUGAUUGGAAGCAAGCUAUGAGCAAUGAAAUAAAAAGUCUAAAUCAAAAUAAAACGUGGAAGUUGAUAGGCCUGCCAACAAAAAUAUUAUUGACGUAAAAUGGAUAUUCAAACAGAAAAAUGAUGGAACAAAAAUGGCACGCCUUGUAGCUCGUGGAUUUCAACAAAAUACGUACCUGUAUUUAAAAUGCAGACAUUGAAAAUUCUUUUAGCUUUUUGCUGUAAAAACGAAAUCCACAUACAUCAGAUGGAUGUAGAAACUGCUUUUUAAAUGGAACCAUCAAAAGUGAAGCUUAUGUCAAACAGCUCCCAGGUUAUAACAAUGGAUGUACACAGGUGUAUAAGUUGUAUAAAGCUCUCUAUGGUCUUAAAGAAAGCCCCAGACAGUGGUACGAAUGCUUUCAUACUUUUUUAGAAAAUUUAAAAUUUGAGAGAAAUAAUUAUGAUUACUGUCUAUAUUUUAAAAGCGUUAAUGGAUAUACUAUACAUAUAUAUACUUUUGUUUGUGGAUGAUCUUUUGAUUUGCUGCAAAGAUGAAAAGGUUAUAGAUGAAUUAAAGUCAAUUUUUUGUAAUAAGUUUAAAAUGAAAGACUUAUGAAAAGUUAAAAAUUACAUAGGAAUAAACAUUGAACAUAAUGUAAAACAGAAGUGUAUGAAAUUAAACCAAAAGCCGUAUAUAGAGCCAUUAGCCAAAAAAUACCAAAUUGAGAAUUCAAAGACAUUUAAACACCUAUGGAAACAAAUCUAAAAUUGUAUCCUGAAAAUAUUGAUUAUAACAUAAAAUACAGAAAUAUUA